CUCGAAUUCAAUAAGACAUUCUAGCACAGCACUAGCGAGCCUACCAUUUCAUCUUCAUAUUUUCAGCAACCCCCAAACCCCUGAAUCGGAAACAUGGCUCUGGCGUACCCUGAAGGAGAGUGCUUCUUCAAGCGCUCCGCCUUGAACUCCAGCAACAAGAACUUCUACCAAGCCGACCGUGCGGAUCAUUUCUAUGGCCAUUUCCUCCUUGAGUUCAUCUGGAAUGUGCCAUCUCAUACAGGAGAUUCAGCACGCCAAAGACGUAGCCACCCGCGUUCCACAUACCACCUAAAUGACCUGAGUACAUGGACGCCACCGCCGGUCAUGCUCAAGACAAAUGGCCCCUACAUAGGGAAUUGGUCACAGCUGCCCUUCGUGUAUGGCUCACACUACAGUAAAGGAAAGCAGCGCCGUAUGCAGCAUAAUCUCUGCACUAAUGCCAAACGACUUCAGGCCCAGGUGAAAGGUGAUGCUAUGGAGUCCUGGUUCAUGAUCAUGCCGAUGCCCAAAAGGCAGGAAGGCUGGGUCUUCAUUGAUCGCCUGACCAAUAUCCGAGCCAUCUACAUUCCAGUAGCACACCAAGCUUCCGAGGACCAUCCGGAGCUCUGCACCUUUCUGCAUGUCAACUUUGCUGCAGCAAACGCUGCAGUCAGUAUGUUUCAUCACACUUGUGAGAAUAACAAGGUCAAAAAGUACUGGAAGAAGGUUACAUUAAAGAAAACAGUCGGUCUGCCGGAUUGGGGCAACCUGACCGUCGGAAUCAACAUCAACGGCCUGGUGAAUCUGCUCUCACUGCCCCGCCAACUACGUGCUCAGAAUGCCUUCACCUCUAAGAAUAUCAUCAUUGUGGAAAGUAGUCUGGUGGCAAGUCCAAAGCUAGAGCGAAGCUUCGAUGACGGCACAGACUUUGAUUGGGCCAAGGUUGCCGGAGCGAACUUUGGCCUGAGCAUCCAAUGGAAGCCUGCCCCAAAAAAGCAAGACUGGUUGGAGAACUUCUUGAAAAACUCUUUGACCAUCGCUGUCGGCUUUAUUCCUGGCAUUGGGCCUAUCGCAGCUAUUGCGUUCCCGUUGAUCUGGACGGCUAUUGCUGAUCCGGACUCGUUUGUGGAUACCUGGAGGAACCUCUGUCCUGGAGUGGAUCUGCAGCUGAAGCUCCUGGAGGCCAUCAAAGAUAGCGCUAAGGAGACUCGGGAAUAUCUACCGGAAGGGUGGGAGCAGACUGCUCUUGGUCCUAAAUUUCUUUCUGGUCCUCAUGCCAGUGGCACGAGGGUAGCUGCGUUGGUUGCGGAUCCUGGUAGCAACCCGGGGGAUCUGGAUACAGAGGCUCUUAUUAUUAACGAACUGAAAGCCUUGGAGGGCGAAUCUGUGGAUGGACUUACCCAGGCCCUGGAUCCCGGGAGACCGGAGGACGAAAUUGUCAUACUGGAGGCUGAUAAGGAGGCCGUUGGAGGUGGUGACGUCAAAGAGGAUGAUCACCGCCUCGAAGACCAGGUCGACGCAGAGGUCGUUCCUGACAAAGUGACUCUGGAUGAGGUCGGCCCCGACAUGAGCUUCAGAUUGGCCGAACAAGCCCUCAAAGACACAGCAAGGUCAGAGGAUGAAAGUGAGUGGCAGAAGCUCAUGGAUAUCGCGAUGGAGACGGCCAAAGAUAUAGCUUCAAAGCUGCCCACUAUCCCUGGCUUAGGCAACAAGGAUGAAAGCUCUAGUAAUGACGGUCAAGAUGACGCCGCUGAGGAUCCCACCGUGAGCGAUGGUCCUGUCAAUGAUUUCAAUUGGAUGGAUGACUACUUCAAAGCCCUCUUUUCAGGCAGCCUUCCGCUCGAAGGACAGGCAUGAGGCAUCGUACAUGCUAUAUCGGAACGCAGAAAUACGAUAAUGUGGAGGGGUUAUAUGGUGUUACACGAGAAGAUGUUCAACCAUCGCUCCUCGCAACAUUAGUUUGCUCAUAGUGAUUAAGUAACAAUGUUUAUGACUGCUUAUAAGGACUGAAC